AUGGAGGAGCAGCCCACAGACAUAGAGGUGACCGUUAAGACGUUGGAUUCUCAGAGCAGAACUUACACCGUCAGAGCACAGCUGACUGUGAAAGAGUUCAAAGAGCACAUUGCGCCCUCCGUAGGAAUUCCCAUCGACAAACAGAGGCUGAUCUACCAGGGCCGCGUGCUGCAGGACGAUCGCACACUGCACGACUACAAUGUUGGUGGUAAAGUCAUUCACCUGGUGGAGCGGGCCCCUCCUCCAGCCUCUCAGCCCGGCUCUGGCUCAGGGGCCUCGCCUGUAGACAGCGCGGGCUCCUCUUCCACACCUCAGGGGCCGCCGGGACCGCCACACGACCGCAAUGCCAACAGCUACGUGAUGCUAGGGACGUUCAACAUGCCGGUCAACAUCAUGGACCCGCAGCAGAUACAGAUGUCUGUGCAGCAGAUGGUGUCGGGGAUGGGAGAGAGCGCCCGGAACGCCAGAGUGACCACCUCCACCGGGAGUAACGGCUCGGUGAACGUCCACAUCGACAUGGAGCAGCCGGUACAGAGUGAGCCACGUCUGAGGCUGGUGUUGGCUGAGAACCUGCUGCGAGACGUCAACGAGAUGGUGACACGCAUGGAGAGUCGCUCCAGUGACGCGUCCUCGCAGACCGACACCGCAGCGUCCUCGCAGACCGACACCGCAGCGCCCUCUGCAGGCUUGUCUCCAUCAGUUCAGCCCAUGGACACCUCCCCUCCCCCCUCCACUCCCCCUCCUCCCCCCUCCUCCACCGCAUCAGAGGGCCCUACGCCUCAGCCCGGGCCCAACCACCCGAGCCCCGCAGAGUUGGCUGACAUGCUGACGGAGUUGAGAAGGGUGGAGGAGAGACUGCAGCCCUUCAUCCAGAGAGCGCACACUAUUUUGGAGACCGCCACCAACGCAGACUACAGCAACAACACGGAGCGUGAGGAGGAGCAGCGUGCGCUCACCAUGACUUGGGAGUGUCUGCGUCUCCUGGGGAAUGCCCUGGUGGCUCUGAGCGACCUGCGCCUCAACCUCAUGAGCCCCGUGCCCAGACACCUGCACGUGGUCCGCCCGUUCUCCCACUACAGCGCCCCCUUCAGCGUGCCCGGAGCCAUGCACCCACCCAUCCCUAUGCAGAUGAACUUGGGUGCCACAGUGACUGUCUCGGCCAACAGCACUGAUGGACAAGCCCCUCCCCCUGCAGCCGCCGGCCAGUCGGAGCAGGCAGGUCAGGGACAAGUCCCUCCCUCUCAGACUUCCCCGUCCAAUCAGCAGGCUGGACAGGGCCCAGCUGGUGGCCCCCGGGUCAUCAGGAUCAGCCACCAAGCCGUGCCGCUGGUUCUGAUGCAGAUGAACGCGGACGCUCCGGGUGUAAAUACAGCUGGACCUGGCCCAGUCCCCGGUCCACAGAUGCCAGGAGCUCAGCCAGGAGCUCCCCCUCAGGACUUCAUGCGUAACCUGAUGCAGCAGAUCAGCCAGUACGCCGCCGCAGUUGCCACCACCGCUGCGACUGCCGGGGUGAAUGGUCAGCCGGUGCCGCCCACAGCCUCCACCGCCUCCACAGCCUCCCCUACCUCCACCCCUGCCCCUCCUCCUCCUCCUCCCUCUGCACAGGGUACCCCACCUCCUCAGCCCAGAGUGGUGUUCGCCAGGCCUCCCUUCCCUCCCAACAUGCCCCCUCCCCCAAUGUUCGGAACCAGAGGGACCACCAUCAACGUGAGGGCCGCCAUGCCAGGACAGCAGCCCGGCCAGGCAUUUAACCCUCUGGCUCUAAACCAGAUGAUCAGUGGACUGGUGGGACAGCUGCUUCUGCCUGGACAAAUGGCCGGUCAGACGGGAACCUCUACCUCCAGCUCCUCCUCCAGCUCCAACUCCAGCUCCAACUCUACCUCUUCCUCUACCACUACCACCUACUCCACCAUGUUUUUCCCCUCCAGCUCCUCUGCAACGGGUCAGAGUCAGGCUGACCCUCCGUCCGCCCCCUCUGCCACCUCUGCACCCUCCGCACCCUCCGCACCUCCGCCCCAGUCCCAGGAGCUGCCUCCAGAGUUGAGCCAGCUGCUGGGCUCUCUGCUGGGCAUGACUGGAGGGCCAGCUCCCUCCAUCACAGUGACCACCUCCGGAGUCCCAGGCUUCAUGCAGGGGGUCGGCGAGUUCAUGCACCAGGCAUCUCAGCCGGUCUUCACCCACCCCCCCUCUUCUGCCUCUGGCCCAGCCCCGACCCCCACAGCGGCCCCUGGAGCUGUCCCAGGCCAGGGCCCUGGAGCAGAAGCCCUGAACCCAGAGCUGUUCACGGGGAUCCUGGGCGGAGUGCUGCGGACCAUGAUGGGCUCUUUGGGACAGAGCCAGAACGACACGGAGAGCAUCGCACAGUUCAUGCAGAGACUGUCCCAGGCCACUAACAUCUCCAUCAGCCCGGAGGACCCGACCGGGUUCUUUGGGGAGCUCCUGAUGCUGGUGUGUCAGACCUUCACUAUGUCGGACCUGGUCCUGCUGCUACAUGGUCAGCACCAGCCCCUGAGCCGCAUCCAGCCUCAGCUCGCACAGUUCUUCAGACACAACUACCUGAGCGACCGCGAGCCCACCGAGCAAAACAUCAACGAAGCUGCUGAAACUUUAAUAAAUGAACUGGAGGAAUACAUCACAGAGAGCUUUAGAGAGUCUUCUGUGUUGGUGCUGGAGGGAGUCGACGCCACACAGACAAACAUGUCGUUCUUCAGACAGCAGCUGAGAGAGAUCGCAGCACACAUCCUCAACUGCACAGACGAGACGUUCGGGCCACGGCUGCUGCAGAUGUGCAACACGGCGCUGUUCCAGUGUUUGGCCCUGAACCUUUUCUGUCUGAGAGGAGACCAGCGCGCUCUGACCGCUGUCAUCAACCACCGCAUUAGGCGCAUGUCCAGUGACAUCAGCCCCAGUCUGGUCAACUGGAUGACCAGCAUGAUGAGCAUGCGGCUGCAGGUGAUCCUGGAGAACAUCCCUGUGCCCUCAGAGCAGAUCCAGCACUACGUGGUCUACACACAGAGGGAUCAGCCUUCAAGCACCGAGCCGCCGGAGCAGAGCCAGCCCCAGAGCACCACGGCGGGGGACAGUCUGUCUCCAGCCGCUGCCACCACCGCAGAGGAGGCCAUGUCUGUGAAGGAAGAGGCUCUGCCCAUGGCCCGGGACAUGGCAGCCUCCUCACGGGACCAGAGGACGUUACCCAAUGAACUGGUGGCGUCCGGAGGGGCUGGUCCUCUGGGGGGCGCUGUGCCGCUAGGAGCAGAAGGAGGACGAGACGAACCGGAGGCCUGGGCCGCUGCCGUGCCCCCGGAGUGGGUGCCCAUUAUCCGCUGUGACAUGAUGACGCAGAGGAAGAUCAAGUCCCAGCCCCCGAUGUCCGAUGCCUACCUGCAGGGGAUGCCAGCCAAGAGGAGGAAGACUGGACAGGGCAGCAGUAUCCUCUUGUCUCUCUCUGAUGCCGUCUCCCAGGCGGCUCGCACCACAGGGGUCCGGCCCCUCACCUCUCCAGAGAGACUGCAGAACGAGCUGGACAACGACGAUCUGCGAGAGGCCUACUCUGAACAGGUAAAGUCGGAUUUGAAGAAGCGGAUUCGUGAGGACCCAGACUUCAGCUCUCAGCAAUUCCCCAACUCCAACAGAGCCUUCUCCCCGGACUCCUAA